GUAACCCCCACUCUCUUCUUUCAUCUCCCACGCUGUUUUUCCGGUAAGAAAAUGGCGUUACAGAAAUCAUUCCGAGAAAAACAAACUCGGGAGUUAAAGAGUGAAGUAGUACAUGAUGACACUAACACGGUUGCAUGCAUGUAACGUUGAAACGACAAAUGUGACUAAUCCCGAAAGCCAAACAAGAACGCAGAAUCCCCAAAUCCCGACAAACCGAAGCACCAUGCAACUCCUCAAAACCCCUCUCUCAUUCAUUUCUUCAUUCACUCUUCUCUCCGCUCUCAAUCAUGUCCAUUCACGCUCUCAAUUUCCAAACUCACAACUUCAUCCGCUCCAUGUGGGACGAUGGACUCGUCAACGAGCAAUUCGUUUACCUUGAAACUUCGAGGCUACAUCCUCUUCGCCGCGACGCUCUCCUACGAGCGGUCACCGUUUACACUCUCUCCUCCAAAAGCCUAUUUUCUGCUAUCACUAUCCAGCUUGAACAGCAGCAGGUUGAUUUUGAAAGAGUUAGUGAACUUGCUCGGGAUUUAUAUGCCAGAUCGAGCAGUAUUGGUGCAGAGCGUGUAAAACAUGCAUGUGUUGAACUUAUUCAAGCAUCUGAGAGAAAAGACAAGGAUUAUUGCUCCCUGGCUUUAUAUUGGAUCAAGCACAGAUUUUCUUGUUUGAGGGACAAAUUUGAAACCCUUGUGAAGAUGGAGAGGUCUAUUCUCAACCUUGAGAAUGCUCAGUGAGAAGAAUGGAUCACUUUUGAUAUCUACAGCAGAAGCAUAUCUGGUUGAAAUUUCUGAUGACAUGCCUUGUGAUAUUCUGAGAGUUGAUUUCUUUAAGCUGGUUUCCCUAGCUCGUGAAAUGGAGGAAAAGAGUGCAAGGGUAGGUUAACCUAAGAAUCACUCGUAUCCAUCCAUGUUUCAAAAUUCGUCUCCUGCACAGAAGUACACAUGCAUUUGUAUGCACACACAAACACCCUUGCUUGGAGAUUUUCAGGUAUGAUCACAUCACACCAUAUUACAAACCAGCUUUUUUAGAAGAAAAAAGUGCUUCUUCAAACAAAAAAAAAAGUAAGAGGAAAGUGCAGGACUUGGUAAAUGUAUUAUUGAUUUUUAGCCUACUUGAGAAUGCUAAUAUUGUGUGAAAUGGCGAUGGCUGUUACCUUGUAGACAUCUUUUCAACUGUUUAACAUGAUACGGCUGGACACCAAUCUAGGCCUGCCGUUUUCAUCACUAUAUUUAUGUAAGGGUGUUUAUACUCUAGAAAAACCAAUUCUAAAUUCUAAUAAUAAAGCAUGGAUGCACUCAA